UCUGAAGUUGUGGUGGCAGUAGUUUCUUGUUCCUUCACUUGUUUCUCAUGAAGUCUCUUCGUUGAGAGUAGUUUUCACGGUGACAUGAGUGGACACACGGUCCCCGCGGACUUCUCAGGACACAUGCUGGACCUGGACGAGGACGAAGACCUGGAGGUUUUCAGCAAGAAAACAUCCUCCACUCUGGAUGGAGAUGGAAACCUUGUGCCCAACUCUCCCAGCUCCUUGGUCAACCAGUACAGACUGGACGAGGACGAGGACGAGGACGAGGACGAGGAGGAGCAGCAGGAUGUUAACACCAUUGACCUCUUCAUCACCGUGGACAACCCAGAGAGCCAUGUCACUGCCAUCGAGACCUUCAUCAUGUACAGAGUCCUGACCAAGACCACACGGAGUCAAUUUGACUGCAGUGAGUACGAGGUACGUCGACGCUACCAGGACUUCCUGUGGCUCAGGAGCAGACUGGAAGAAAACCACCCAACGCUCAUUGUCCACCCGUUACCAGAGAAGUUUGUGAUGAAGAGCAUGGUGGAGCGCUUCAACGACGACUUCAUUGAGACCAGGAGGAACGCUCUGGACCGCUUCCUCAAAAAGAUCUCGGAACAUCCCGUCCUGUCCUUCAGCGAGCACCUGCAAGUCUUCCUCACUGAACCUGAGCUCACGUCUCACAAGAAGCAGGGUCCAGGUUUCCUGAGUCGGAUGGGAGACACGGUGAGGGGCUUGGCUAACUCGGUGAGAGGUUUAAAGAGUCGACCAGAUGAGUUCACUCAGAUGCAGGAGUAUGUGGAGGACUUCAGCAACAAGAUCUGCUCUCUGGACAAGGUCACGCAGAGGAUCAUCAGGGAACAGAAAGAGUAUCUGGAUGAGCUGAAGCAGUACAGCCCCACAUACACCCAUUGGGCGGGGUCAGAGCGGGAUCUGGCCGAGCCCCUGAAGGGUGUGGCCAGCUGUGUGGAGCAUUGUGGUAAGGAGACAGAAGAGCAGACCCAACAUCUGUCUGAAGUCCUGGUCCCUGUCCUGCAUGAGUACGUCCUCUGUGCUGAGACUCUGAGGGGUGUGAUGAGACGUCGAGACAACCUUCAGGCCGAGUUCGAAGCCAAAAACGAGGCUCUGGUGUCCAGGAAAACUGACCCAGAAUUACUGCAGGACGAGGUGGACGGUCUGGCAGACCGCGUGGAACUGGCUAACAACGCUUUAAAAGGAGACUGGGUCCGCUGGAGAGGCAGCAUGAGAACUGACCUCAGAUCAGCCUUGAUUUCCACCGCUGAGAAGAAUGUGGAACACUACGAGAAGUGCCUGGCUGUGUGGGAGUCGUUCCUCCUCUCUCAGAGACAGGAACCAAGUGAGCAGAAAGACGGGGACAAUGUUUCCUGAAGUGCAGAAAAAAAGAAAGAUUAAAGCAUAGAGAUGACAUAAGAGCGCACCGUCUGCUGUCUGUGCACCUGGACCCUCCAAAUCCAGACCUUGACCUUGAACCAUUGUCCACUUCUGCAAACUUGCAUCAAAACAAGCUUUCUCUCUCUCUCCCUCACUCUCUCUCUCUCUCUCUCUCUGUCUGUCUCUCUCUCUCUCUCUUUCUCUGUCUGUCUCUCUCUCUCUCUCUUUCUCUCUCUCUCUCCUUCUACGUGACCAAAGUUUAUAAUUCCAGUUUUAACAUUCCAGCAACAAAUUUACUUUUUUUUUUCUUUUUUUAAGCACUUUGAUCUGAAUAGCCAAACAUAGCUGUGUUUACAUCGUGCACAUGCACGUGCACACAAAUGACUCAAGUGUCGAGUUACAGGAGUUCUUCAAAGUAAUGACGUAGAAAUCUGUAAAAUAAAUAGAAUUAGUCAUUUUGCACACACAGCAAUUAGUGAUAGUGAAUUUGACCUCUGCAUUUAAACCAUCAUUAUUACACACAGGCCAGACGCAGGGCAGAGGGCAGUGCUUAUCUAUUGGGGAUUGGGUGCCUUGCUCAGGGGCAUCCCAGCCCUUGGCCAAGAGAAAAGGAAUUGGGCUCUUAAUGGUCACAGGUCCUCAGAUUCCCUGUGGUGUUUUCUCCUUCAUACGUCCUCAGCAGAAAGUGCAGAGUGUUCCUUCAUUUCAUACUUGAACCUGAACAAGGAACAAGGUUUACAACCAAAACACCUCUCAUCAAAGAUAAACUAUUAUUUUCUCCCUUUUAUUAUUAUUAUGAUUAUGAUUAUGAUUAUUAUGUUUCAUGCAGCUAUGCAACUAUGGCUUCCCCAAAAACAUUUUCUGUGUGUGCUACACUUUACUGUCGUGUUACUAUGAGUUAUUUGAGAUGCACUCACUCUGAAAACAUCCAACACAAACAGAGAAGACUCACCUCAUGACAUCUUCACCUUAAGUCUUCAACAUUUGCCACUUUCUCUCGUUGUUUGAAACCUCUAAUGUCUGGAAACUGAAGUUUGGUUUGUUUCACAGAGAAAAUCAGUGAUUUUAUGUCACACACAGACUCACUGAAGUGACACACACCUGUGACUCUGUGACUUUGGUGCAGGAGAGUGAGUGGCUGAUGUUUCAUUGGUCAUUCUUAAAUGAAUGUGACUGAAUCUCGUUAGUUCUCAUUGUUUCACUAAAGGCUCCGUGAUUGUGAGUGUCACAGAACCAUGUGACUGACUCUAUUCUUUUUUUUUUUAAUGUUUUAAAUCCUAUAAUCACAUUAAUAAUUAUUAUAAUAAUAAUAAUAAUAAUAAUCAUCAUAUAAGGCAUUAUACACAUGACCACUAUUCUUUUCCAAAACCUGAACCAAAGUGCUUCACUGAGGCUUUGCAUGAAAAAGCAUGUUUGUUUUUAUUAAAAACAUUAGUCUGUAAACAUUCUUCUAAUGGACGUCUCAGUGGAUCUGAAUGUUCAGAUGAAUAAUUUGACAGCUUCCAAAAUUGUUGCCAAACUCAUUUAAAUGUGAUUAAACUUUUUGUUUUGUCGUCGAGGAGCAAAGAGAGAGUCACAGAAAACACCAAGUUCAUCAAUUCAUUAUCAGAAUAUUUGACUAUUUAUUUAGUCCUGGAUUAGUAAUCUACCAAUAGUUGCACCGUCACACGUUCACUGAAAGACUUCUUUCCGUCUGUGUUUGCUGAACUCUAUCAUGAGUCCGUUCUCUUCUCUACGCUCAACACUGAACACUAACGUACAAACAAGCACUCGGCCAAUCACGUUUCUGCAUUCAUAUCCCAAACACGCCUCUCUGACAGGGUUACUGUCCCUGUUGCUGAUUGGCUCUUAAAUGCAACACAUAAAUAAAGCAAAUGCAAAGGUCAAA